AUGCUCGUAGUCGAGUCGCAAGGACUCGGUCUCGUACCUUGGGAUCAAGUUGCCGGUUGGCUUGUCUUAGGAUUGACAUACUUUUUCAAAUUCUUUAUCAUAGUUGGAGGAGCGAUUCCAUAUGUGUUCCAAUAUGCUGAAAUUCAUCAUCGUCGGAAUGCUUCUGGUUUCUCGUUAUUUGUGUGCCUGGCAUUGUGUGUUGCCAAUAUCCUUCGUAUAUUGUUCUGGUUUGGAAAACGGUUCGACAAUGCUCUUCUCGCCCAAAGUAUUGUGAUGCUGGUUGGAAAUCGCCGUUCGUAUGAACCGCAAACACACUGCGAAACCGUUGCGAAAGUCAAUUAUCAGUGA